CGCAGGGGCGGGCGCAGGCGCAUUCGGGAUUGUCUAGCCAAGAUGGCGCCAGUGGAGCACGUUGUGGCGGAUGCCGGGGCAUUCCUGCGGGACGCGGCUCUGCAGGACAUCGGGAAGAACAUCUACACCAUCCGGGAUGUGGUCAGCGAGAUUCGGGACAAGGCCACGCGCCGGCGGCUCGCCGUCCUGCCCUACGAGCUGCGUUUCAAAGAGCCCUUCCCGGAAUACGUGCGGCUGGUGACUGAGUUUUCAAAGAAAACUGGAGACUAUGCCAGCCUCUCUGCCACCGACAUCCAAGUGCUGGCGCUUACCUACCAGCUGGAGGCAGAGUUUGUUGGGGUGUCACACUUAAAACAAGAGCCAGAAAAGGUUAAAGUGAGCUCAUCGAUUCAGCACCCCGAAACUCCUCUACACAUUUCUGGUUUCCAUCUGCCCUCAAAGCCUAAACCCCCACAAGAAGCAGUGGAACAUGAACAUGCAGCCGGUGAGCCUGAGGACCUGGAAUUCAGUUCCUUCAUGUUCUGGAGAAACCCUUUGCCUAAUAUUGAUCGUGAUCUGCAGGAGCUGCUGAUUGACGAAGGCGAGGAUGUUCCAAGUGAGGAGGAAGAGAAUGGGUUUGAAGAAAGGAAAGGUGAAGAUAGUGAUGACGAUGGGGGGUGGAUAACCCCCAGCAACAUCAAGCAGAUCCAGCGGGAUUUUGAACAGUGCACCGUCCCGAAGGAUGUGCGGGUCGGCUGUGUGACUACAGACUUCGCCAUGCAGAAUGUUCUGCUUCAGAUGGGGCUGCACGUGCUGGCGGUGAACGGCAUGCUGAUCCGGGAGGCCCGGAGCUACAUCUUGCGCUGCCACGGCUGUUUCCGGACAACCUCCGACAUGAGCCGAGUGUUCUGCUCACACUGUGGAAACAAGACCCUGAAGAAAGUGUCUGUGACUGUCAGCGACGACGAAACCCUGCGGAUGCACUUUUCCCGCAACCCCAAGGUGCUGAAUCCGCGGGGCCUCCGGUAUUCACUUCCCACUCCCAAAGGGGGCAAAUAUGCCGUCAACCCUCAUCUGACUGAGGACCAGCGCUUCCCUCAGCUGCGACUCUCCCGCAAGGCCCGGCAGAAAACGGAUGUGUUUGCCCCUGACUAUGUAGCCGGGGUAUCUCCCUUUGCAGAGAACGACAUCUCCAGCCGCUCAGCUACCCUGCAGGUCCGAGACAACACUUUGGGGGCCGGGAGGAGACGGUUGAAUCCCAAUGCUUCCAGAAAGAAGUUUGUGAAGAAAAGGUGAAGUGCAAGUUCCACAGGCACACUGGACAGCUGCUGCAGCUGCCAAGUUCUGGGAUCUCAUCUCCGUCUUCCAUCUGGAUGGGAAGAACAGGCCCAGCUCCUGCCUGCUUCCCGUGACUCCUGUGGAGGGUGGGCUGGGUCUGCGGUUGGACUGGGCCACGCCUGGGCCCUAGAGCACCCAGAGCUGGGGUUCCUGCCAUGUGGAGGGGGUUUGCUGAAAACAGAACUGUGCCCUGGAGCGAAUCUUUGACCUCGAAAGAAGGAAACUUCCAAGUGAUAAUAUUUUUUCUAAUAAAUGUGGUUGUAAACUAUAUGUUUUCAUUAAAUAGGCCAAAUUUUUCUCCUUAAGUAAUUUGAAGACUUAACACUUGGGGUAUACACCAAGAUCAAGCAUUUAGAUUUAUCUUUUUGGGGAAGAAAUAUACUAAGUUUGUUAAAAUAAAACUAAGUGUUACCA